AUGUAUGAGAAGUACACUUUUUGGGAACUUCACGAGGAAGAAUUAGUUGAAUCAAUUUAUGGGGAUGAUGUUGAUGAGUCGAAUGACAUUGAUAAUGGUUUCACAAUGUUGCAAGAUGCAUGUGGAUUUGGUGCUAUGAAUGUUGGGAGUGCUGAAGAGGCUUUAAAUAAUGUUGAGGAGUAUGAGAAACCUAAUGCAAAUGCAAAAAAGUUUUUCAAACUUUUAGAGGAGUACCAAGAACCAUUAACAAUACAUGGCACAACAAUGUCUAAGUUGUCACAUAUUGUUAAAUUUUUUCAUUUAAAGGUUUUGAAUAAUUGGUCUGAUAAGUCUUUUGAUAGUUUACUCCAAUUAGAACGUCAAGGCUAUGGCGCUUACCUUCCAACUUCUUAUUACGAGGCUAAGAAACUCAUUAAAGACUUGGGCCUUGAUUAUUAUAAGAUUGAUGCUUGUGAAAAUGAUUGUAUUCUUUAUUGGAAAGAGCAUGAUAAAUUGAUUGAGUGUCCCACUUGUGGUUUAUCAAGGUGGAAACAAGAAAAGGAAGGCUCUUCUAAGGGGGUAAAGGAUUCUAGAAAAGUGCUAAGAUAUUUUCCAUUGAAGCCUAGGCUACAAAGGUUGUACAUGUGUAGAAAGACAUCCAAAGACAUGUGUUGGCACAAAGAAAGGGAUGCUACUAAAGUGAAUGAUUGUGAUAGGAUUAUAGAUGAUGAUGCCCUUUCUAGGGAAGAGGAGGAUGAUACCUUUUUGGAGGAUAACAAUGCGAGUGGGUUGGAUGAUACAAUGAGACAUCCAUCUGACUCCUUUGCAUGGAAAUCAUUUGAUGAAGAGUAUAGUGAAUUUGCUAAAGAUGUGCGAAAUGUUAGACCUGGACUAGCUUGUGAUGGCUUUCAGCCUUUCAAUAAUUCACAACAUAGCAUAUGGCCAGUGGUUCUUAUCCCUUAUAAUUUUCCUCCUUGGUUAUGCAUGAAACCUUAUUCAUUUAUGCUAUCUUUACUAGUACCAGGUCCAACAAGUCCUGGAAUUAAUAUGGACGUCUACCUCCAACCACUUAUUGAGGAGUUAAAGGAGUUGUGGGAGGUUGGUGUUGAAACCUAUGAUGCUUACUCUAAAACAAAUUUCAUCUUGCGUGCAUCACUACUGUGGACUAUCAAUGACUUUCCUGCGUAUGCAGAUUUGUCUGGAUGGUCUACCAAAGGUUAUUACGCUUGUUCAUGUUGUCAUAAGGAAACUAAACGGACUUUGUUGAUGCAUAAGGGUGGUUAUUUAGGGCAUCGACGUUGGCUUCCAAUGAAUCAUAAGUGGAGAAAUGAUGCCAAUUCUUUUGACGGUAAAAUUGAAAAAGGUGUUGCACCAGUUCCAUUGAGUGGGGAUGAUGUAUUACAACAUUAUAGCCGAUUCUCACAAGCAAAAUAUGGAAGAUUGUAG